AUGUCUUCGAGAGUACCAACCAGACCAAUGGUAUCAGAUACGCGUGAUGCUGACCCUAAAAGUGCAAGAAAUCCUAGGAAAGACCAGGUUACCCUUGAAAGGGUCCCAGUUACCUCUAGAAGGGACCCAGUUCCCUCUAGAAGAGACCCAGUUCCCUCUAGAAGGGAUCCAGCUCCCUCUACAAGGGACCCAGCUCCUUCUAGAAGGGAUCAAGUUACCUCUAAAAGGGAUUCCCGUGGUGUUAGACAUGCUGGCACUUCUAAGAAUGAUAAAGUAGCGAAACUGAAGCCACCUCCUCCGAAAAAAAAACGACGUAAGAAACCUGUAAAAACAUUUUUAAAGACACCAGCUGAUUGGGCUAAAUUCUAUGCAUGGGCACAAAUAAGAGCACAACCACGAAAAUAUCCAGAACCAGAACCGAUCAUUCGGCCAUCAAAACCAUUGCGUAUGUUGAGAAGGAGGAUCAUACUAUUGAGCAAGACCCCAAAACGUGGUGAUCCGAGUAAACAUUGUAAGCCAGUCGAAACGGAAGUUUCAAGAGCAGCUUUGAAUGCAGUAAUAACGAAACGACUUUUGAAAUUGUCUUUACCAAAGCUACGUAUAUGCGAUUAUGGCCGUGAAUUGCCUAUUGUAAUAUGCAAAGCCACUCUGCGAUAUGUUCCAAGUAAGAGGAUAAAAGAUCUAAGUCAAAAGAAAAUUUUGGAACCCGAGGAGUGCAAGCCUGUGGAUAUACCAAGUGAUACAAAAAAUAAACGUCUGGCAAGAAAAAGAUUAUUAAAGCUUGAGAAAAAAUUGGAUGAGUGCCCGGAAGGUUUAACUGAUGAGGAGAAACAGGAAUUGUUUACAGAUGCUGGAAUUAAAAGAAGUGCAUUAGAGUACAAGAUCACACCAUGGCUAGAGAUUAUGGCUUUGCCAGGGUACACACUAUUAAAAUUUAGAGACGACGAAGAUGCUGAGAAAUGGAAGAAAAUGUUUUUAGACAAUUACGAGAUAAGAGGCAAGCAGGCUAUCGAGGAACAAAGAAAAAGGAUAGAAGAAAAGAAAAAGAAAAAGAAAAAGAAGAAAAAGGAAGAUGAAGGAGACGAGACAAAAACGGACGACGAGAAAAAAGAUAAGAAAACUAAAGAGGAGAAAAAAGAAAAAGAGGCUGAGGAAGAAAGAAAACGAUUGAAACACGAAUGGAGAUACGCCCCGUUACCUUAUAAAACAUACGAGGAUGCAUUCUUUAUUAAAAAAGCUGCCUUGAAGGGCAAAGCUUCGCCACGAACGAAAGAACUGGCCAAGCCAACGGAACGUAAGGAUUUAUCGACGAAGAAGAAUCCAUACGCGGUGAAAAAGAGUGCAUUGAGUGCAACGAGUAGCGGCAGAACCGACGAAUUAGCAAAACCGAAGCAACCUCGAGAUCCUAUCGAAAAGCCUCCCCCUCGUAAGAGGAAUGAAUAUGGUCAAAUAAUUUAUGUAAAACCGGUAUAUGGAAAGGUUUUACCAAAAACGAAACCGUAUAAAAUGGGAGAAUGUCCGAAGAAAGAGGAUAAGAAAGAGAAGAAGAAAAAGAAGAAAAGACCUAUCGAUCCAAUUGCCUAUGAGCCAACAAUUGAUCCCGUUAUUUACCCAGAUCUGGCGAAGAAACAAAUGAGAGAGAGAAAGAGAUUUGAGAAAAAGAAAGGAAAAACUGAUAAAAACAAAACUGUUAAAAAAUCUGAAAGAACUGAACCCGGAGAAAGUGAACCUGUAGAAACUGAACCUGAGGAAACUGCAGCUGAAGAAACUGCACCUGAAGAAACUGAACCUGCAGAAACUGAACCUGAAGAAUAA